AUGAGCAGAAAAGAACUUUUCGGCGUCGUCGUCUUCGGCUGUUAUAAAGUUGGAAAGACUGCCCUGAUAACCAAAUUCAUCGGCGGAACCUUUGACAAAGAUGAAUACCGCCCUACUGUGGGCCUCGGCAUGUAUGUCAAGCAUGAAUACCAAUAUACGCCGCGGGUCUCCGAGACCCAACAGGAUCCAGUCAAGGGAGUAGGAGUUACGGGCAGUAGCAUGGCACAAGAGGCGCAGUCGAAAGCCGUCGACUACCUACUCUUCGAAGCAACAGACACAGGAUGCACCUACGCCCGCCGUGGCUGGGUAUACACGCGAAUGAACGUGAUUAUCCUCACAUACUCAAUCACCGACCCAUUCUCAUUCCAAUCUGCAAGGAACAUCCUAGCGCGUGCGCGGGAGCACGAGAGUCAAGCGAAGAUAUUCCUCGUCGGGUUGCUGGCUGAUUGUGAGGAUGCGAGAGAGGUCACUUUCGGGCAGGGCGAGAGGUUGGCGCGCGAGUCUGGGGUUGAGUUCCGGGAGUUGAGUGCCCUUGAAGAUGCGGAGGGGGUAGAAGAGUUGUUCAGCGAGGUUGCCGGGUUUUUGGUUCUUAGGGAUAGGAAAGUGAAGGUAGAGGCUGGUUCCAAGGGAGAGUUGACCGUGUGGGAAAGGAUGAAGACUUUUUUCUCAUGGUCAUAG